CCUUGUAAUGUCUAGGAUAUCUUGUGAAGGUUAUUAUACCAUCAUGUAUACAAAUACUUUAAAUUAUAAUUAUGCUAGUAUUUAUUACUGGUUCUUUACCAUAUUCAUUUGCGAUUAUGUCUAAUUUUAUUUUUCUAGUUGUUUAUUUAUUGAGAAAAAUGCCCUCUUCAGGUGACUGAUUUUCCUUUAUCGGUUUCCAGUUUGACCUUUGUGUCUAGAUGGAAGGCUGCGUGCUGUCUAAUGUUCUGAUUUAUAUCUGGCAGCUGUCAUAUAACAGAUUGAGAAUUCCUAAAAAGAAAGUAUUUUAUCGCGUUUGGGGGCAGUUCAAUUUCAGGGUUACUUCAGUUCACUUUCGUGAACAACAAACAAAUCAAGUGCGUGGCAGCUUUGAGCGCACACCGCGCUGGGAAAGGACCGCGGAGAAUGAGGAUGACGGCACACAGCGAGGCUUUUAAAUAAAGCACCCGCAGCUGUGCGGACCAGCGGGGCACGCGAAGGCGACACGGAACAAGUUAUGUAUUUUUUUUAUUUUUUUCUUGCUUGAAGUUCAGAAUGACGGUGUCGCUUUACAGCAGAGAGCUGAGAAAACCGGUCUGGGGAGGUGAACGAGUUCGAGCCUAGACUGGAGGAGCUGGUGUGACGUAGCGGUCCAAUAACGCACACACACUCCACACGCGUGUUGUACAAACACACACACUGGCUACUGCUGCACUGCCAGGUUCUGAAUGAGGGGAAAUGACCGCGAGUGACCUGAAAGGACACGGUGUAUUUUAGCGAGUGCUUGCAUCAACAGUCAAUCAAGGAUACCGAAAAAAAAUGUAACGCCGAUAUUUUGUUUGUUAUUUCAGGGUGAAAGCCAAAUUCGCUGGUCGCACGGCUGUCGCGGAGCUACUGUUAGCUAGCUAAGCUAAACUAGCCCGAAUAAUUGAGUUCGUUUUCCAACAGUUUCCUGCAAAUGCUUGGCUACCGCUGCUAUGGAUAAAGCUAAGUCACUGGUGGACAAAAAGGGGGCGUCGGGACCUUAUCACGUGAACAACGGCCAGAGUCCAAGGGGGUUUCAAACCCAUGUCGCCGUAAACUCGAACGGCAGCUGCUGUAGCGGUAAUGCGAUUGGUUUGAGCACCGGAUCCAGCGACUGCAACGGCGGAGCGUUUGACAGCAUGCAUCACCUGCAGCGCGGGGGUGACAAGGAGUGCAACGGUUCCCCAGCUAAGAAGAGCCGGCUGCGGAGGAGGACCGAGUCGAUGAAACGGCACAGACCACCCUUCCCCUGGUUUGGGAUGGACAUCGGAGGGACCCUGGUGAAGCUGGUGUACUUUGAGCCAGUCGAUAUCACUGCAGAAGAAGAACAAGAAGAAGUUGAAAACCUCAAGUCUAUUCGCCGCUAUCUUACCUCAAACGUGGCCUACGGUAAAACAGGUGUUCGUGACGUCCACCUGGAGCUGAGGAACAUGACCAUGUGUGGCAGGACAGGAAACCUGCACUUUAUCCGCUUCCCGACGCAGGCCAUGCCUCGCUUCAUUCAGAUGGGAAGAGACAAGAACUUCUCCAGCCUGCACACCAUGCUCUGCGCCACGGGGGGCGGGGCGUACAAGUUUGAGAACGACUUCAGAACGAUGGCUGACCUGGAGCUGCUAAAGCUGGACGAGCUGGACUGCCUCAUCCGUGGCCUGCUGUUUAUUGACCGGGUUAAUUUCAAUGGACACCCAGAGUGCUACUACUUCCAGAACCCGUCAGAUACGGACAGCUGUGUGAAGAGGCCCUGCAACCUGGACAACCCCUUCCCAAUGCUGCUGGUCAACAUCGGCUCCGGAGUCUCCAUACUGGCUGUGUACUCGGAAAACGACUACAAGCGUGUAACUGGAACAAGUCUGGGAGGCGGCACAUUCCUGGGACUUUGCUGCCUCCUGACGGGCUGCGAGACGUUUGAGGAGGCGUUAGAAAUGGCCAGCAAGGGCGACUCUACGAGCGUGGACAAACUGGUUAAAGAUAUCUACGGGGGAGACUACGAGCGCUUCGGCCUGCAGGGCUCUGCUGUCGCGUCAAGUUUUGGUCACAUGAUGUGCAAAGACAAGCGAGACAGCAUCAGUAAGGAGGAUCUGGCCAGAGCUACGCUGGUCACCAUCACAAAUAACAUAGGAUCCAUAGCACGCAUGUGUGCUGUCAAUGAGAAAAUCGAGCGCGUGGUGUUUGUUGGGAACUUCCUCCGGAUCAACACACUUUCGACAAAGUUGCUCGCCUAUGCCAUGGACUUCUGGUCUAAAGGACAGCUGAAAGCCCUCUUCCUGGAACACGAGGGUUAUUUCGGAGCGGUGGGAGCGCUGAUGGAGCUGCUAAAUACGACGGAGGACCUGUGAGGGGAAUCCUGUCGAAUCGAUCCAUCUCAGCCUCCAACCCCCAACGUGGUGAUGUCAUCAACUUUGAACUGUGUUUAAAGCCGACCUCUCCGAGGGAGACUAAGAGAGGACCACAGACACUGACAAAAGCCAUUUUAAUAAAGUAAAUAGCGAUAGCCGCUAACGCUCGUCUCCUAGAGUCCUUCUAUCAGAGAAUUUUAAUAAUGUGGUCUUUAAUUUAUGUUUCCUGUGAUCAGCCCCUGUCAGAAACUAUACAGAGAUGAGGUAUUUUAAGAUUUUAGUGUUUAAUAUUUUUUUGUGGGGGUGUGAAAAGGUGUUUGUGUGAACUACUGUAGCAUUACAUCCUUGGGACGGUGGGACAUCUGAUGAGUAUCUGUGCAGCUGAUAUGACUUUUUCCACCUGUAACUUAUGGAUAUCGUACUUCUGCAGCCACAGAGACCUUAUUAUGGGGGUUUGCCUACCUUUUUGCUGCACAGAUAGUCACUCACCCUACUACCUAAGGAGUGCACUGAAGCCAAAUCUAGUUGACUCACCUGCCUCCUUGUGGAAGGCAAAUAAACCGAUUUUAUUUCCGUUUUUUGCUCCUCUGCACAUGACCUGCGCUUUUUGUCCGUCUCUCCUUUUUCCUGCUGAGUGUCCUUUGUGCUGAGCUGAGUCUGAGAUGAUGCGACCAAAUCUUUGCAUUACUGGUUCCAGGCUAGAGCUCCAUAACUCGGCUAUGAGUGAAGUGCUUUUCUACCAGAUCUUUUGUCUUUCUCUGCUUUUAUUCUCGGUCUUCUGGCUUCUAUGCCAUUCUGCGCCCUCGUUUGGAUUCUGCAGGGUUGUGCAGUGUGGCCGUGUUCCAAAUGAUUAUGCAAAUUUUCUGAAAUCAAAAGCUAUUUCAAUCCAGAACAUCAUUUUUUUUUAAAUAGCUGCUUCACAACUCUUACAUCAGUUGUUUUUGGAGAGUUUCUGCUUGGAUUUCUUUUCAGGGUGUCAGAAUUGCCUCCCAACCUCGUAGAGCUCCUGCUAGAGGAUGCUCCAACGACUCAGAGGCUUGAGAUCUGGGGAGGAUGGAGGCUGCACCAUAGGUGUAUCUCCUUUAAUGCACAUAGCUGCUAAUGAUAGCGAGGUAUUCCCUGUAGCAUUAGACAGUGCAAUCUCAUAAAUGAAGACAAUUUUGCUACAGAAAGAACCAUCGACAGUGGUUUGUAAGAAACUCCACAUUCGGUGAUCCAAACAGCCACGAGGUUAAUUGAAAAUUUACACAUAACACUUUAAUGCAAUUUGCAAAAUGAAUUUGGAACGCGUCGUAUCCAGUGGCUCCAGCGCCUCAGUUAUAAUGCAGAUGCAAAAUAAUUAAAACAGAGGAGACCAUGAUGCUUUUGGCUAAACUUACUCUGUCAUUUAGAAUAUUCUCAUGUGUUAGAGCUGGAAACGUGUUUAGAACGUUUGUCGUUGAAUUGAGAGCAUCAAACGGAUCUGAUCUGCAUUUUUCAUGCAGAGUUUAAACGGCGUAUCACACAUGUGGCCGGUAUUGUGUAAAGCUGUAGCUUUGUGAUUCAUCUCCAGUGGGCUUCUUAUGUAAAGCAGUUUGGGGACAAACUGACCACAAGUGUAUUUACCUGUCCUGUGAUCUCAUAGGGAUGCUGCAGGCACCCUAACCUUUUCUAUGCCUGGAUCCUGACAGCCUUCAUCUCUGUUGUCAAAGCAGGACUCUGCUGUGUCCGACAUGCCUUUACUCACCGGGGGUGGAGUUUCUGCUUCAUUUAAUCGCCUUUCAUCUGUGGUUAUUUCUGUUUCACCUGCAGCGCGGACACAUCUGUUAUCCUCAUCAGGGCUUUCUUAUAAGCAAGUGUUCUGAAGGUCUCAUUGACAGAAAUCAGCUGUUGCUGCUGUCUACACUUUGACCCUCUCACUAACAACAGGUCUGCUGCUACGCUGUUGCUUUGUUUCACAUAUUCUCUGAAGUGGUUUUUAUCCACACCAAAUCAAUCGGCAGUAACAAACAUGUUAAAUUAAGCCAGCCGUUGUGAGGAGAUACUACCAGUAUUUAAGUCAUUUUUAAAGGGAUGUUUUUCUUCUAAUUAUCCCUCCUGAUAUCACGUUUCUACCCAGCUGUGACAACGCUGUGAACUGUGACACAAACCAUGUUUUUUUUUUCUUUUAUUUGCCUUUUUCCAACUCGUGUUUGGAUGACUUGUAGUGACCUGCAUCCAUCAGGUGCCGCGCUGUCGUAAAACCCAGCCGGUCACUCUGAAAUCAUCGCGGCUGCCUUUACUGUGUUUCGCCACCUUGGUGCCCUUUGCCUUCAUUAUGAUUUUCCUGCUGAAACUCACUUGUUUUUGUAAUGUGCAUGCAUCUUUCAACCAUCAGCUCUUUAUGUUUUUGUGACCGUACUGUAAAACCGAAGUUUAGCGUGGGCAUGUGUCAGAAUUCCAAAAACAAUAACUCCUGCCCCUCCUGCAGGACUGUGGGACGUCUGAUUGGCUGCAUCGACCUUUAGAUACUAACAAAAUUCUCAAUUUGUACAUGCUAUUUUUGUUUGUUUGUUCUACUGGGGAACAUUUUUCUCAUUUUUUUUCUGAUUUAUUGUUUUUGUUGGCAUCACAGAACCUGUGUGAUUGUUUUUAAAUGUGUGAAUUUCUCCACGAUCCGUCUGCAGAAAUAAUUUUGCACACUUUGUAAUUUUCAGCGCUUAUGAAAGUCUCACUGUGAAAUAUUUGAACGUGUAUUGUGCUGGUGAGGGUUCUCAGUCCUUCAGGUCUUGGCAAUCUGACGGAGAUCGAAUGAAGGCAGCUGGACCUUUUUGAUUUCUUGAAGUCACUUUGCUUCUCAUCUGAGGAGCUUCUGAUUGGAAUAUGGAGGAGCCGAGCUUAGAAAUUGUGGCAGUCUAUCAUUGCUAAACGAGCAGAGAUUACAUAUGAAUACCCCUACCCCGAGCAGUUGUUGAAUUCGUUAUGUCCUAUUGUGAGGGGAAUGGUUGUUUUGAUUAGAUGCAGGAGGGUGUGAGCCAGAUGUUUAGGUCACACCCUCCUGCAUCAAAUCAAUACAAUCAUUCCCCUCACAAUAGGACAUAACGAAUUCAGCGACUCCCUGGGGGAGGAGGGGUUUUCAUUGGUAGUUUCAGCUUGUUAAGCACCUUUGAUGAGAAUCGAAACAUCCUCAGGAAUCCAAAGCAGUCCAGUUGCCUUCAAGGUGUGUUGUGUUUGUCCCUCAGAGCCUUGGUCAGUGCUGCCUUUGAAAGGGAACAUUUUUGCAGACUCUGUCAGGAUAUUCAUGACACACACUUUAAUUUAAAUCCUGUGAGCUCGUCCCAUUUUAAUUGUGCUUUUGUAAGUUUUAUGUUAGUUUCCUAGCAACCUAAAAUGCUCCUAAUCCAGCGUCAAACCAGCAGAUGUUCAAAUUGUAUUUUUGGGUGCAACUUUUUGGUUUGUAGUUUAUUUUUUGUUUUUAAUCACAAAUGUUUUUAUUUCCCUCUGGGACCAUCUGAUGAGUGUAUUCCCAUGAAGCUUAAAGCACCAACUAAAUGGGUGAACUAACAAGCUAUGCAGUAACUACCGUGUUAAUCUUUGAUCUUUCUAACAAACUCAUCCUUUCCCUCCUAAAUCACUUCUUUGUAAAUGUUUGUUUUAAUGAUAUGCAACCCUGUCGUUGCUCCACUCUGUGAAAUCCUGUUUCUGUCCCUGCUGAUUUUGUUGUUAACUGUAGCGAAGCAGGUGCUCGUAACGGGAUGUUUUAGACGUAUCACGCACCGAGAGGUGUAGAAAGCCUUUUCGGUAAUACUUGUUAGUAGUCGCUAAAAGAAUCAACUAUUUGGAAUGUUUCUGUUGUGAAAAAAGUGCACGAGAGCUUAACAAAUGUCACCUUUUUAUUCAUGUUUGGUGGAAAUUGAGGUGUUAUUUAACUUCUCCUGCUUUGUCUGAUUUUCAUCAUCAGGUCCAACACUCUGUUGCGUGAGCAUUUUCUAGGCUUUAAAUUUCUUCUUGAAUGCUUGACUGGCGGGACAGACGGAUUUGCCUGUUCUGUAUUUGAUUGUACAGAGAUUUGUAAAUAAUAUUAAGAAUAAUAUAAUAUACACCAGCAAUCUGUUGACUAAGUGGUUUUAAAUGUGCAGAACCUGGUGACACUCGGCACUUCCUCUACAAUCCCUCUGCAGACAGAAGACGCAUCACAUAAAACACGUUCCUCCAUUUGAUUAAAACUCGUUUCUGAUAUUCUUGCAUGUGUUAAAUACUAACUCAAAGUUUCAGCCCCUUAUUCAUGUUCAAGGCUUUAAUCGAGCUUCCUGAAUCCGUUUUGACCACUAAAAGAAAAUCUUGAAUAGAGAACCGUAACGUUGAGUUUGUUAGAUGCUCAGCGACUUCAGACGGGAUGCAUGUUUUCUGUCUGCUGGGUUUCGGUGCCGGAUGUUUGUUCUCACGGCCCAGUGCUCGUCGUUGGUCUCAGUUCUGCUGCUUUUAACGUGGGUGCAAGAAAAGGAACAACAAAAAAAAGAUGGAAAACUGACAAAUGAAAGAUGGCUUCUUGCCUUGUGCAAUGUGUAUGUACUGAAGUGGAGAGAUUUUUUUCUUACAAAGAAUUAAACCUGGAUUCAAACCGCA